GAGAGGAGGCGAGCUCGCACAGUCCCUGUGUCUCUCAAGUCGGCGCCAGUAUCUGCACGAACAUUGGCCAUAAAGUAAAACGACUUUGGUCUCCACGCUGCAUCAACGGAGGAGCAACAACAGCAUAAUUACACGAAUUAUCUUUCUGAUAAAGCCCUGUGAUAACAAAAUGGCCGGCGGACCCAAGCACGCGGCCACUCCGACGACAGCCGCGCCCCACUGGACCCUCCACGUGGUUGGCACGGAGGCGAUGAACCUGAUGCUUGGCGCGCUGGACGGGAGGUUGGCGGAGAGCCGGGACGAGCUGGGCUCCAAGGUCGAGGGCUUGGCGAGGGCCGGCAGGUUGUUCCGGGCAAUCGGGCCGAUCGGCGCGGCGACCGUGGAAGGCCCGACCUUGACCACGGGUUCAACCGCCACAUCGACCGCCGUCGCCUCCGAGGCCGUCGUCAAGGCGCUCCGCUUGCUCGUCAAGGCCCUGGGCCUCUCGGCGGACGUGGAGAGCCGGGCAGAAGAGGCCGUGGCGUUGCGGAAGGUGGCCGCGGUGGUGGCGGCCCUCGCAGAGUGUCUGGGGGAAUCCGAGCGGGGGGACGACGAGAGGAAGAGGGGCGGCGAGGCGCUGGACCUGGCGAUGGCCGUCAAGGUUCUGAGCGCGCUCCAGAAGACGCUGCCCGACCUCCCGGGGGCGGCAGCGGCCGAAGCCGAAGGGCCGGACGCGGGUCCCUUCGGGCCGUCGCCCAAGUGGCGCGUCUACGUGGAUAACGUUCUGUUCGCGCUGCAAACGGGACUGGACCUGGUGGCCGAGCUGAUGGAUAGGUUCGGGUGGAUCCAGUCGGGCAAGUGGCUGCGAGUCGUCGUCAAGGCGAUCUACUUCACGAGAGCGGUCAUCAAACUCACCGAGAGGCCCGGCGGCCCCGGGAUGAUGGCGGGGGCAGCUUUUGGGUCCCAGGUGGGGCUUGGUUAAGCGGCUCGCAGCCUCGCGUCAGGCGUUGGCACGGCCCCACCGCAGUCUAGCUCACGGCAGGGGGCCAGGCGACCUGCCGGUGGCUCUCUUCGUUUAUCACGGACCGUCGGCCGUCCGGUAUUCCACAGCAGCGCACGUUGGAGGCUCUCGAAAUGCGGGCUGCUUAAAAUGUUAUUUUAUCGCUUAAAUGGGACCGUCGUUUUUAAUGAAAAAGGAAUGGAUAAUAAUACAGCGUGACAUGACAAAUGUAAUGUUAAUAGCUUCAAAGGGUCAGAGUCUAUCCCACUUCUUUGGGUCUUUCGGUAAAGUCACGUAGAUAGGUUCAAAGAAAAUAACGAAAACAUAUUUUGGUAUAUUUUUUGGUAAAAAGAGAAUAACAAAAAAAUAUUUUGGUAUAUUUUUUGGUAUAAAGAAAAUAACAAAAAAAUAUUUUGGUA